AUGGUGGAGGUGACUCUCAAGAGUGACAUUACUCUAACCAGUGGGUUCCCUGCCAUCGGGUUCGCUUCCGGAAUCAUCUUGAAAGGCGCCUGUGACAACAGAAAUAAUAAAGUUUGCGUCGUCGACGGUAACAAGAAGUUUCGCAUAUUCUCGGGUAACUUCGCGUGCGGCAUCGUGCUGGAGAACCUGGUGGUGCAGCACGCGCUCAACGGCGUGCACGUGGGCGCCUGCCAGUUCGCUGCGCGCCGAGUCACCUUCCAACACAAUGUCGCGGAUAAGACCUCCACUGGAGGGGCGGUUUUCAACUCUAGAGACAGCUCACCCACGGCUGGCUCGCCCCUGCAGUUCACUACGUGCGUCUUCCUUAACAAUACCGCUGCCGGAAAUGGCGGCGUUAUCAACGUGGGGAGGGACCCCACGGGAGGGCCCGAUGUGAAGAUCGCUAAGUGCACUUUUAGUAAAAACUCGGCGGGAGGCAGUGGAGGCGCGAUUUAUUCUGAAGGGAGUGAGCUUUACCUGCGCCAGUCGACCUUCUCCCAGAACAUCGCUGCUCGUGGCGGCGGUGCUAUCCUCACCACAAGUCCAAUCCUCACCUCCAUCGGGACGCGUUUCUCAGCCAACGCAGUGACAAACGGGCGGGGCGGUGCAAUCUCCAUACAAGCACAGGGCGCGGUGGUGCAGUUCUGCAACUCCAACUUCCGGCGCAACAGGGCGCCGGUGUAUCCCGUGUCGAAUGACAUGAACGCCGGGACGAGUGAUGGCACGGUUACCGCGUGUGGUAGCACGGGGCCGAGGCGGAUCCGGAAAACUCCUGCGUUGAAGGAGGUCCAGAGCUGCAGGGCGCCGGUGUAUCCCGUGUCGAAUGACAUGAACGCGGGGACGAGUGACGGCAUGGUUACCGCGUGUGGUAGCACGGGGCCGAGAAGGAUCUGGAAAACGCCUGCCCUGAAGGAGGUCCAGAGCUGCAGAUCUCAACCCCUACUGCAAGUGCCAGAGCCAGUUCGACCCUGCUGCAGCCUGCACUGCACCUCAUGCCCUCUGUUUAUCCCUCCUCCCCUCCCAUGUCUACCCCCUUUCCCUGUCUACCCGCGUUCCCCUCCUCUUUGCAGUGGCUGCACUGGCUGCUCUAACGACUGCAACGGCCGUGGCACUUGUGCUUUAGACUCGGAUUUCAACCCCUACUGCAAGUGCCAGAACCAGUUCGACCCUGCCAAAGCCUGCACUGUGUGCAAGCAGGGGUACACGAUCGAGUCCAAGUGCGUUGCCUGCGCCCCCUGGUUCUUCUCAGGGCAGAAGGGGCGCUGCACCGUGUGUGGCACCGUGGACAAGGUGGGUGGUAGUGUGGAUAAGGUGGGUGGCAGGGACUAUAAAGCAUGGCAGAAGGGGCGCUGCAGCGUGUGUGGCAGCGUGGACAAGGUACGUGGCUGUGACUGUAAAGCAUGUGAGAGGGAGGGCCCAGAACCUCAUCCCAUCCCCCCCCUCCUUAACCCUCCCCUUUUCCCUUCCCCGUCCACUGCCUCUCUUCCUUCGCACGAGCAGAUCCAAGAUCUUACAGGCGAGCUCUCGAACCUCAACAACGCCACACAAGCUGCUUCCUCCAAGCGGUGCCAGCAGAUGUGCCAAAGAGCCCAGUCCCAGACGAAGCUGUACAAGAACUACUGCAAUCUGUGGGCCUUUGUGGAGAACAGGUGA